AACACUUGUACAUAUACUACACCACUUCUUUCCAGGAACUCAUAUUUCUGGAAAAAUCAUCAAACUCUAUCAAAUGGAAUAUUACGAUAUUAACUACAAUCAAAACCAAAUCAAGAAACAAGCUUGAUGUCGAACCCACAAUGCGUAUUUCACUUACUAACUCCAUAGAAGAACUCUAAAUUGAUUCAUUGGUUAGAAACAAAUACGAACAUAAGCUAUGAUGACCAAAAUGAUACAAACCAACGACUUUCGUGGAGAGAUCUGUAUCCACAGAUAUUAGUGAGUGUAGUUGCUUUUAUGUUGGUCACUCAGCCUGGCAUCAAUAUGGUUUACUCGAACAUAUUCCUAAAUCAUUAUAAGUUUACAGAUAUUUCAGAUUUAUCCUGGUUGACGAGUAUUCUGGUAGUAUGCACACCAAUAGGAACUAUAGCUAUUGGCGUGAUCAUGGACCGGAUUGGCCGGAAGAACGCAUUUCUUGUGACUUGCGUGCCGCUCUUGAUAUCGUGGUCAAUUGCUUCGGUGGUCCGCCCCGAAGACAUGAGUUUAAUUUAUGCAUGCAGAGUUUUCGCUGGCAUCGGCGGAGGCAUGACGUCCAUGGUUAUCAUUUACGUAUCAGAAAUAGCUCAUGCUUCGUAUAGACAAGUGCUAUUGUCUUUAAACAGCGUGUUUUUCUCGGUAGGCGUUUUAUUCGCCACUACCGUUGGAUCCUUCUUCAAGUGGCAGAUGGUCAACAUGAUAUUUUUGAUCUUCACUGCCGUCAUAACUGUUCUUUUGGUCAUUUUUCUACCGGAAAGUCCGAUUUGGCUGGCCAAGUUUCGGGCCAGCAGAGUCUACGAAGCUAAAAAUUCGCUGAAGAGGAUAUAUCCUAUAAACGAUCAAGUGUACGUAGAUGAGUUAAACGGUCUGGAUUACGUGAGAAAACCGCCGACAAGACCAGCUACAACGAUCACGAUUGCACCGGAUCCGUCGGAAUUCGACAACGGGCCGACCACAUCGCGGCCGCUGCUGUCGACGGUGCGGCUUAGCGGCGGAACGAGUCGUAGCCACGAACGGCGUCGCGGACGGUUGCGACGGCUAUGGCGUCAACUUUGCAUGUGCGGCCAGUUACGGUUGUGGUCACCGCAGCCACCGACGGUGACUAGGCCGGUUCGCGUGCUGGCUAUCGUAUUUCUGUUGCAACAGUUGAGCGGCUGUUACCCGGUGAUAUUUUACGCGGUGCCGGUCAUUCGGACGGUGAUGGGAGUGACCGACCUGGACGCAGCCGACGGCCAACCUAGCCAGAUGGACGCGCUGAUCGCGCUGGGAGUGGUGCGGCUGUUGGCCAGUGUGGUGGCAUGCAUGCUGUCCCCGCACGUCGGUCGCCGGCCACUAAUGAUCGCUUCCUCGCUGGCCAUGGCGUGCUCGGCCGCGCUGGUGGCGCUCACCUGUCCGCUACCCGCCGCCGCGGGCCCGCGCGACGACUACGAUGGUUACGAAACGAUUUACCCGACGGCCGGACCGCCGCCGGUACCGCUGCUGCCAUUGAUCGGCAUUGCCGCGUUCGUCUGCAGCGGUUCAGCCGGCGUGAUUGUGUUCCCGUGGACGCUAGUCGGCGAACUGCUACCCGUCUCGGUCAGGGCCACGGGUGGUGCGCUGCUCGUUGCCUACGCGUACACGUUGAUGUUCAUCGUCCAGCGCGUGUUCCCGUGCCUCGUCGCACUAGACGCAGACGUCUCGGGUGGCCGUGGUCGCAGCUCCGUCGCCGCAGCUUUCGCGAUGUUCGCAGCCGUCUCGCUGGCGCUGGCCCUGUAUACGCACGCCAGCCUGCCCGAGACGCUAGGCAAACGGUUCAAGGACAUCGAGCGGUAUUUUGCCGACCCUUCACCAACGUGCUUACCGGUGGACUUUUCCGUCAAAAGCGAGACCACGCACAACCACCGGUGAAGAUAGCUCUACGUGGCCAGCGAUCUCGCUCAUCCGUUCUGACCUCUGGUGAUGCGGUCGAUACGUGUUGUUGCUGUUGCGUGGAACACCAUGUUGUAUUAGUGAGAAUUUUUUUCGUACAUUUUUUCGAUCUCAUCCUCUCAAUUUAGCAUAUCUAUGCAUAAAAAUAUGAAUUAUAGCAUUUAUCAAGUCAAUAUUGUAUGAAAUUUACACUCGUACGAAAUCAAUUUUAAAAUAUCCACGCAUUCGCGGUUCAUCGUUACAUUUAUCGAAGUAUUAUUCUCAUAAUCGUGUGGAAAAACUAAUAUUUGGAUUGUACAAAAUAUAUUUUAAUAACAUUUAAUUUCUUAUAAAUUAUGU